ACAAACGGCGCUUCACAAAUAACUUCCAGCCACUUCUACCUCCGCCUCCUCCUCUUCUUCUUCCAUUCUACAACUCUUCUCCUACACAACACUCACCACAUCGUACAACAACAACAACAUCGCAGCCUACCACAACUACCACAACAAGCUUCACACAACAUCCAUUCAACAACCAAUCACUACCACCAACAUGCCUCCAAAGAAGUCUACCAACACUGACGCCGCCGCCGCCGCGACCGCCAACGGCAACGUUCCGAAAUUGAGCGAAACCGACAUCAGAGUGCUUGCGUGCGCAUGGCAGUGCAUGGAUUACAUGCCUAAGGUCGACACUGCGAAGCUCGCUCUGUUGACCGGCCAUAAGAACGCUGCGUCCGCCAACACCGCCUACUCCAACGCUCGCCGCAAGCUCCUUGGCGACGUCAAGUUGCCACCAGCUGAGAAGACUCCCAAGAAGGGCAAGGCUGCUUCUGCUUCUGCUGCUGAAGGUGAAGCUGAAGAAGAUGACGCCGAGGAUGCUGUCGCUCCCGCCGACACUCCUGUUCCAGAGCCAGCUAAGAAGGCCAAGGGCACUGCUUCCCGUAAGCGCAAGGCUGCCGCCACUGAGGAGACUGAAGACGCUGCUGAGGGUGAGGAGGCAGACGCCAAGCCAGCACCAAAGAAGAAGGGUCGUGCUGCUGCUGCUGGCGGCUCGCGCAAGAAGAAGCAGAAGGUCGAAGUCAAGCAGGAGGAAGAAGAGGUCGCUGAGGAGGCUGAGGCUGAGGCUGAGACCGCUGAGACCGAGACUGCUGACGUGAAGACCGAGAAGGCUAAGGCUGAAGCUGCUGGUGAGGAGGAGGCCGAUGAUGAGGUCAAGGUCAAGGACGAGAAGGACGGUGGAGAAGACGCCGCCGCCGCCGACGAGACCAAGAAGUCUGAUGCCGGUGACGAGGCUGCUGGAACUGUCUAGGCGCGCGGUCUAAGGCGGUCUAAGGCGGCGAAAAGUGGCAUGAAGCAUGAAGCAUUACUGACAUUGGCUCGAGCAACUCAACGCAACACAUACACGAAGGCGCUU